UAAAGCGGUUGCCUUUGUUUCAACCUGACCUCGGUUGACUACUCAACGGUAAAACUUUACAGUGAUAUUGAUGUUUUGACGUGCGUGUAACGUUAACGUUAACGUCUCAUCAUCACCGUAUGUUUACGUGUAGACGGAAUCAAUAAUGCGCUGAUAUCAUUUCUUUACAUGGAUAUUUAUUAUGGAUUUUAAGUAAAGGGAGCUUAAAAAAUAUGAUUUUCAUGUAUACUGUAUGUACUUAGUGUGAGUAGGAAGUUAACGACGCAUACGUGACUGUCGCUUUUUUAUUGUAUAAAUGACACGUGAACAAAGGGAUGUUUUUUAAAGAUACGUAUCGGAUAGUGGAAUAAGCGACUUUAAACAGUUAACUUGCCGAAAGCGCGUUUCAAAUUAGUUUUAAAAUCUUUGCAAUGUAAUAGUGACGUUUUAUUUCUGUUUGCGGUUGCAGUUUCGAAUUUUUAGCGUUUUAGUGAUACUAUGCCGUCAAGGAGAAUGCUGAGCAGACGACAAUGUAUUUUUGUAAUAGUUGUGUUACCUAUGUUGAUUGUUCCGGCAAUGGUGAUCUUAAAACACGCCGACGGAGGCUUAGCUGAGGUGUUUAUACCGCCUAAACGAGCAGCAGAAGAUGGCGUGGUUAGAAAAUCUAUCCAGCGGGUUAAUUUAACAGGAGUACACUAUCAAGUGAAGAAACCAGUUGCGAAAGUCAAGCCUAGGAAAUGCUUUGAUUACAUUUGGACAGGCACUUGCCGGGAUACGUGUUUCACCUACAAUAUACAAGCUAAACAGCGACAGCGAAAACAACAAAUCUUGAAGUGCGAAAAGAAGAAAACACAGUUGAAGAUUCUGUAUACGACGAAACAGAAGUAUGUGUAUAAAAUUCCAUUUCAAGAUCCGUGUCUCCGUAAAGUUUUAGACUGGUACUGCCAAGACAACAAAAGGGUUCCGAAUAUUGUACAUUAUGUCUGGUUUGGGAAAAACGAAUUCAAUUUCAUCCACUUCCUAAGUUUUCUGAGCGUGCAUAAAUUCCAGAACCCGUGUCUGAUAAUGGUGCACGCGGAUAAAAUGCCAAAAGGCAAAAUGUGGGCGUAUUUCUUACAGAUAAGUUCAAAGGUCAUUCAGGUACACCGGAAGCAGCCGAAGAAGGUCUACAAAAAGAAGUUAGCCUCAGUUGAACACAAAGCAGAUAUUGCGAAACUUGAAGCUUUAAAAGAAUACGGUGGUAUAUAUCUUGACACCGACCAAAUUUUGUUGAAAUCCGUCGACAAGUUCCGCAACUCUGAUGCAACAAUUGGACUAGAUUAUGGGACAGCGGCAGCUAACUCCAUCGUAAUUGCUAAAAGGAAUGCACCAUUCAUAAAAUACUGGUACGAGAGUUAUCGUUCUUACAACCGGGCAGAUGGGAAUGAUCAUUCACAGAGCAUCCCUUUCAAGCUCGCGGAAAAACAUAGAAACUUAGUCCAAAUUGCUGGAGACGCAUUUUCCUUUCCAAAUGUGCAUCAGUUAUCAAGUCUUUAUUCUAAAAACGUAAACUGGCGAGAUAAAUACGGUAUGCACCUGCAUCUGAAACUGCAUGAUAGGUUUUAUUCAAAUCGGUUGGACAUGAAUUCGAUUAAAAGUAUGAAUACAACAGCAGGGGCCGUAUCUAGACACAUAUUAUACGGAAAUACGGACCCUUGUUCUGCUAAAACAGUCAUUCAGUGAUUGGAUAAACCAUAUUUUAUUUUUGUCAAGUAGCAAACUAGAAAACAACGUCUUAAAAGUCAGAAAUCCGACUAGGGGUUUACCAACAUAAUAUAUAAUUAGAAGUUGCAUGCAGAUUCUUUUAUUGUUUAAAAUAACAUAAAUGAUAUUUACAAGCAAGCACUUUAAUACAACGUGGUUGUAAACAAGAAAAAAAAAACGUUCAACUUCUUUCAAAGUAAAGGAAAUGUACCAAUAUAACCUACGUUUGUAAAGUUCAAAAAUAUUUUGUGAAGUACAUGUAACUGUGUAUAUGAUGUCGUCGUAACUGAUAACAAUUUAAAAUUAAGUUUCGUAAGCGUGCUUAAGAAUGCGAGUGAUACAUGCUUUUGCGUUUCCUAUUGGAGUGAUUGCGUUUUCUAUUGGAGUGAUACAUGCUUUUGCGUUUUCUAUUGGAGUGAUACAUGCUUUUGCGUUUCCUAUUGGAGUGAUACAUGCUUUUGCGUUUUCUAUUGGAGUGAUACAUGCUUUUGCGUUUUCUACUGGAGUGAUACAUGCUUUUGCGUUUUCUAUUGGAGUGAUAUAUGCUUUUGCGUUUUCCGGUGUACAGCAGGGAUCGUCGGCAUUUUCGUCGCAACAACUGUUAUAUUUUGCCUGGAACAGCGAAUAGACUCCUUAUUUAAUAAAUAUACUAUUUAAACCUAAACCUUUGGACAUAAAUUAAUAAAAGUGUUUUAGUGUUUGCACAUUAAAUUGUUAUAAUCAUGCGUUGAGGUUGGUAAUUAACAUGAUGUAUAUGUCAAAUAUAUAUAAAGAAAUAAAACAUGUACUAAAACAUGUACUACAAGCCGACAA